AUUAAUGCUGAAAACACAACAUUUAUUCCAACUCCUCUCAAUCCUCGUGAACCCAUAAUUACCAUACUUCAAUUUCAUGUACCCCACACUCACCAACCCUACACUUCAUCUCAUCAAUUUCCUUUUUCUUACCUAUAUAUACCAAUCCUUCUCCAUCUUACCAUUUACCAACAAAUACUAUGAAAUCCCUUCUCACUACGUUGUUGCUUUUAGUACUAGCAGCCAACGCUGGGUUGGGCGUAGUGUCCUUCACUGUCAUCAUGUCUGAUUCAGGCCUGCUCGACGGCCCACACUCUGCCCUCCCCACCUCCAACAAUGGAGCUCAGACUGAUGCUAGAGAGCAAGAAGCGGUGUAUGAUAUCAUGAGAGCUACCGGAAAUGACUGGGCUACCGAUAUCCCUGACGUUUGUCGUGGCCGGUGGCAUGGCAUCGAGUGCAUGCCCGAUAAAGACAAUGUCUUUCACGUCGUGUCGCUCUCGUUUGGGGCGUUGUCCGACGACACCGCCUUCCCUACUUGUGACCUCGCCCGCUCCUCUAUCUCGCCUUCCAUCACCAAGCUCCCUCAUCUACGAACUCUAUUCUUUUAUCGUUGUUUUACUAGCAAUCCUCAGCCAAUCCCAUCAUUUUUGGGUCAUUUGGGAUCCUCUCUGCAGUCCUUAGUACUAAGGGAAAAUGGGCACAUUGGCCCAAUCCCAUAUGAACUAGCCAAUCUCACACGUUUAACUGUCUUGGACCUUCAUAGAAACAAUCUCAACGGUUCGAUUCCGGUUUCUUUGGGUAGGAUCACCGGUCUAAGGUCGUUAGACUUGAGUUGCAACAGAUUGUCCGGUUCAAUUCCCAAUAUCUCGUUCCCUGCACUAAGUGUCCUAAACCUCAACCAAAACCAUCUCACCGGUCCAUUACCAACCACUCUCUUCACCAGCAAUUCUCUCAUAAAAAUAGACCUAAGCCGAAACCGUAUCUCCGGUCCAAUCCCAAAUCUAAGCAAUCUAAAAGACCUCAUCCUCUUAGACAUAAGCUACAACACUCUAACCGGCCCACUCCCACAAUCUCUCCCGGGCUUAGAAUCCUUACAAGCACUCAUCCUCAACGGCAACCCAUCAAUGUCGACAACGAUCCCAGAAACGGCUUUCGUCGGACUGAACAACCUAAUGAUCCUCGGACUAUCGAACAUGAACUUGGAAGGGCCAAUACCAGCAUCGCUAGGCCGGCUAACGACGUUGCGGAUGCUCCACCUAGACGGCAACCGAUUCAACGGCACCAUCCCCGUGAGCUUCGCCAACUUAGACAGUCUAAGUGAGCUGAGGCUGGAGAACAACAGAUUGACAGGGCCAAUUCCAUUCAAGAGAGAAAGGGUUUGGAGGAUGGGAAGAAAAUUGAGGCUUAACAAUAAUUCAGGUUUAUGCUAUGAUGCAAAAAGUGGACUAGGAGAUGAUUUGGACACAUUGUCUUGUGCUGGAAUUGGACAUUGUGAGACAGCAAAUGGUGGGGCUGGAGUAUCAGUUCAACAUAUUUCCACAGAUGAUGAUGGAGAUCAUAAGUUAAAACAUUCAAGCACAAAAUCAGGUGCUGCUUCACUUGCCAAAAGAGGUUCAAUUUCAAGAAAGAUGAUUGAGCUCAUAGUCAUUUUCUUGUUUCUUUUAAUUUUAUUUUGAGCAACAAGUUUUUAUUUUAAUCCUUUUUAAUAGGAGUGUGUGUAUAUAUAUACGGAG